AUGUAAUUCUUGAAUUAUAUUAUACUUACCAUGUCCCCACAGAUCCUCUAUAAAUACCUCUUUUCUAGGCCUACCGAUGAUCAUUGCUUAUCACUGGUAAUUAAGCCUGUUUAGCAAAAGAAAUUUGUGGUCAUGGCAGCGCUGCGAGGUCUCCUCUUCCUUGUCAUGGCGUUAGCCUUUUGCUUCUUUUCAAAGACAGUAGUUGCAGCUACAGGGACUGCAACCUACUAUACUCCUCCAUACGUUCCUUCCUCUUGCAAUGGUUAUCAAAAUGAUGGUGUGAUGAUUGCGGCAGCGAGUGAUGCAAUCUGGGACAACCGCGGCGCUUGUGGAAGGAAUUAUAAGGUCAAAUGCGAGGGUGCAACCAACGCUGGGGUCCCUCAACCUUGCCGGGGUGCUCAAUCCGUGGUCGUGAAGAUCGUCGACUACUGCCCACCUGGCUGUAGAGGCACCAUCGACUUGUCUCAAGAAGCUUUUGCGUCCAUUGCUGAUCCAGAUGCAGGGAAAAUAAAAAUAUCCUUCCAACAAGUAUGAAGUUCAUGGAUGUAGUGAAUGCAAUCGGAUAUGCAUGGAUGCUUAAUUAGAAGAUCGAUUGCAUGUGGAGUAUCAUCCUUGUUAAUAAAGGUUGUUUGAAGUGGUGGUGUUUGUGUUUUGAUGGCUUUUACCUUUUGUGUUGUUGUUACUGUAUAACUGUGAGUGGUGAAGCAGUUGGAUAAUGUAUCAUGAAGGAAAAGGAUAAGUUUUUCAUGAUGUUUCUUGUCGACAGAUUCAGAAGAAUCAAAAGCAUUUCUGCUGCGUCUGUUUGGAGAACAUCUAUUUGAAGAACUUGUCAUCUUCUAUAAACAAAAAGAUGGGACUAAGAUGUCUUAAUUUUAAGUCCAAUCUUGGAAAAUAAAUAUUAGUGGGAGUUUGUUUUGCUUUUCUA